GCAUCGAAUUUGCGGAAGUGUGCGCGCGGGUGGGGCCUCUGCGUGUGCCGUAGACGGUAAUGUGACCAUAGACGCUCACAGAUCCCGUUAAACGAAGCGUUAUAUGUGACCUCGCAAGGACCCACUGAGAUUUUUUAGACUGAACUAUAAAUGACGUUAUUCUUUGGAAAUAUCUGGGCUGUAUUUAUGGUCGUUUGAAGGAAAUGUUAAACGAACAGCUAAAUAGUUUAUUUUCUAAUUGUCUUGCGGAGGGUGAGUAGGUUAACCACACUGAGCGGAUUAGGAUUCCAUUAUCAUUAGACAUCUGAUGUCUUGAGACUGGGGCAAUGUGAAACGCCGAUAUCGCUCGUCUCCUCUGCGUACUGUGGAAUAAUAAUGAACAACGCGCAAGAUAUGUCUCCUGAUUUUGUCUUGAUGCGCCUGGUCUCUGCGGCCGAGGAUGACCGCUUGGACGAGGAGAAUGGGAAUUUGACAUCGAGUAGUGGAGUAGUGGCUGGAUUUAGGCAGGAAGUCUUGGCUCAUGGAAGUAUUAAAAGUAAAUUCGAAUGCGCGCAAAAUCAGGUGCCCGGUAUUACGCGACACAGUCACCUCACAGCAGUGAACAAAGCUCCGCAGCACGGCGGAACUGAGGCACCUGACACCAGAGUUAUGGCGACUAGACCCUCGCUGUCUGUCGCUCCUCCGCUUAAUUCUACCGAGGCCCAUGGUUAUGAUCUCGCCCGCAGAGGGGGAAUGGCGCCUCAGCUACUUGUAUUUAGAAACAUAUCAAGAGACUCUGAAGGAUUGUGUGAAAAUAAUUCGGAUGAUCGGCAGGCAUCGAGGGCUUUUGAGGACCAGACGACGCGUAGCUCUGAGUCGAGCGCCGGCGUAAAUAACAAUACGCCGAGCACCGUGGAUGCUCAGUCGCAUCCUUCAUGGUCGCUGCGUGGCCAGAUGAACCUGCCUAUGGCGGAUAGCGAGCGUGCCGAACUAUGUCACCGACAUCGCUUGAUCACAGAUAAACCAGAGUGGCCGCCGACUGUGGAGAAAUCCAACCCGACGGCUAUAGCAGAGCCCAAAUGGAGCUGCAAAACAGCGCAGGGAGAGCUUCAGCUCUCCGACAGGCCCGUUUUGGAACUUGCUAGGAAAUUUGGGAAUCUAGGUGUCGCUACGGUUCCUGACUUUUUGCUCAAAGACGGGGAGCUGCCACACUGCUCGUGUCAAAGCAUCCUCGGCUCGGCAACCGCAGGAAUCAGACAGGGAGAAGACCCGACCGAAACAAGCGAUGCCCUCCUCGUCCUGGAGGGACUUGGUUCAGAAGAGGUGAAUGGUCUUGGGAUUAAUGGUUGCCAAAAGAGCAAUCUUGAGUCACCGGACAGUGGGCAGGUAAAGAGAGAACUAGUGGAUAAGAUGUCAGGUGCGUUUGCACUCAAAUGUUUCCCUUCCGUCUUGUCCGGGCAGUCAGUUGGGAUGAGCGGCGGAUUCUGUUCGUCCGCAUGUAGCGACUCACAGUUAUGCUGUUUGCUGCGAGACUCUUUAACGCCUAGGGCACAAGCCAACCACACUGCCAGACUCUCCCCAGAAUUAAAGACAUCCUCAGUAGAAUCCACUGUCGAGCUACACAGCAACACCCCGUGUUCAAUCCAGGCUUCGAUCCCUAUGGCGCAAUCGGAAAGAUGCGCCAGUGCGUCUGGAGCGCCUUUAUCCCGCGGAGCCUGUGGUGAGGCGGAGAAGGUAAAAGUGCCGGGAAAGUCCAGAAAAGGUUCUCUUAAAAUUCGACUGAGCAAACUUUUCAGAACUAAAAGUUGCAGCGGCUCUAAUACUCUUCUGGACAAGAGACCUUCGGUUACGUUUUCCAUAUCUUCAGACGGCAGUUUGGUGGAUAUGUCAGGAGCGAGCGGUGGGGAACAAGACCCGGCCAGUCAACCCGGAAUAACAAGGGCCCAAAGCGCCUUGUCUGCUGCUUCUUUUGCUCCGCUCUUCACAGGAGAGACAGUGUCACUGGUGGACGUGGACAUCUCCCAGAGAGGAAGGACGUCUCCUCACCCACCCACGCCCCCUCCCCCUCCACGCAGGAGUCUCAGCCUUUUAGACGACAUAGGUGGGCCGCAGCCUGGGCCUUUCCUAGUGAGUGUCAUGGGAGCAUCCCUGCAGUCUCUCCCCCUGCCUCUUCCUCCUCCUCCCCCCCUCCAUGCCACCAUGCAGCACAGUCUCAGCCUCAAUGAUGCUUUCUUCAGAGCACUUCCUCAUUCUUCCCCAUCACCAAUGGAGAUUCCACCUCCUUCCCGAGUGACUCCACCUUCAAAUCUAUGUCCUCUGAGGGGAGUUGAUUCCAGCAGCUUCACAGCUAGCCUGAGAGAACUACAAAGGUGUGGAUGGUACUGGGGUCCAAUGAACUGGGAGGAUGCAGAAUUGAAACUAAAAGGAAAACCUGACGGCUCUUUUCUGGUUCGGGACAGUUCAGACCCCCGAUACAUACUCAGCCUCAGCUUCCGCUCACAGGGAGUCACACACCACACCCGCAUGGAGCAUUACAGAGGAACCUUCAGCUUAUGGUGCCAUCCGAAGUUUGAGGACCGUUGUCAUUCUGUGGUGGAGUUCAUAGAACGUGCCAUCAUGCAUUCUAAGAAUGGAAAGUUCCUUUACUUCUUGCGGUCACGAGUACCUGGGCUUCCACCGACCCCAGUGCAGCUCCUGUAUCCAGUCUCACGCUUCUGUAACGUCAAGUCCCUGCAGCACCUCUGCCGCUUCUGUAUCCGACAGCUUGUCCGCAUAGAUCACAUCCAGGAACUUCCAUUACCAAAACCCCUAAUUGUCUACCUGAGAAAGUUCUACUAUUAUGACCCAGAGGAAGAGAUGUACAUGUCGAUUAAAGGCAUGCGCCAGACAGCAGGCGGGGAACCGGAGCCAGAGCCCGAGACGUAGCCAGAAAAGCCAUAUUUCCCCAUAAGAACUGGAUUUCUGUGUAUGGACAGCAGAUGGCAUAGUGCAUAGACACUGUUGAACAGAACUCCUACUCCUCAUCAGUCUUCCAGUGGACCACAGUGAACAUCAUUGGAAAUGGCCGCUUUCUAAUUUUAAACCAAGAAGACAGAGGAGGACAGUAGAAUGCUGCGGUACUGUCCAUCUGAAACUGGCACUAGAAGCCAGACACAGACCUGUUAGGCACUGGACUGGACAGGCCCGGGACUGAAAACUAGAGCAUUUAAUGUGACCUGGAGUUAUGACAUGAUCCUCCAUCUGUAUCUUUCUCAUGGAGAAAAAAACACUGGAGUUUUUAAACUGGACACAUUUGUGAAUCACUUUUCUUUGUUCAUUGUCCCUUAAUUUUCCACUGCCUCAACAGUACUUCCUCAGUCUGACAGCAGGCUAUAUGAAGCAUCCUUUCAGUAAAAGGGUCAAAAUUAAAAGCAGUUUGGAAUUCCA